UCACUUCAUUUCAACUCACCAUCAAAACUCCUUCAAAUUAAGUCUUCGAUUAGAAAAAUAUGAUGAAACUCAUCGGAGUGUUGUUGGCUGUAGUGUUAGCCACCGCCUCCACCGCCACCGCAGCAGAUGCCGAUGCUCUUCAAGAUCUCUGUGUCGCAGACUAUGCUUCUGCAAUUUUAGUGAACGGAUUCACAUGCAAACCAGCAUCCAACGUAACCGCAGAUGAUUUCUUCUCCACCCUCCUAGUCAAACAAGGUGCAACAAACAACACAUUUGGUUCCUUAGUAACAGGAGCCAAUGUUCAGAAAAUCCCAGGACUCAACACUCUCGGCGUUUCAAUGGCAAGAAUCGACUACGCGCCCGGUGGACUCAACCCACCUCACACUCACCCGCGCGCAACAGAAAUGGUGUUCGUUCUCGAAGGUCAACUAGACGUUGGAUUCAUAACAACAACCAAUCAAUUGAUUACAAAAACCAUUGCUAAAGGUGAAACAUUUGUGUUUCCUAAAGGUUUGGUUCAUUUUCAGAAGAACAAUGGUUGGGAACCUGCUACUGUUAUUGCAGGGUUUAAUAGUCAAUUGCCAGGGACAGUGAAUAUUCCUCUUACUUUGUUUAAUGCUACACCACCUGUUCCAGAUAAUGUUUUGACUCAGGCUUUCCAAAUUGGGACUAAAGAGGUUCAGAAAAUCAAGUCUAAGUUUGCUCCCAAGAAGUAGUAGUUGUUGGUUUCAACUUUCAAGGAUUCAUGUUGUGGUUUUUUGUUUAUGUUUUGUUUUGAAAUUUUCAAAUUCAUGCUUGGAUUGAUCCCACUAUGACUUGUAACAAAUAAAUUAGUCCAUGUUUUUGGGAUCUCGAUUUCAUGUAUUAAUAAAAACAUACAGUUAUUUGGAGUAAUCAAUGGUAUGUAUUUAGUUAUUACGUA